AUGUCUGAAGAGGAAAAUAUAUCUAUAUCUCUGAAAGGCACCAAUAGCUCCAAAUUCCAGGUCUCUGAGUUCAUCCUGUUGGGAUUCCCAGGCAUUCACAGCUGGCAGCACUGGUUCUCUUUACCACUGGCACUACUCUACUUCUCAGCGAUUGGUGCUAACAUCUUCCUCCUCAUUACCAUCUGCCAUGACCGUCUUCAGCAGCCUAUGUACCAUCUCCUAGGCAUCCUCUCUGUGGUGGACAUGGGCCUGGCCACCACCAUCAUGCCCAAGAUCCUAGCCAUCCUCUGGUUUGAUUCCAAGGUCAUUAGCCUCCCUGAGUGUUUUGCUCAGAUUUAUGCCAUUCACUGCUUUGUUGGCAUGGAGUCUGGUAUCUUUCUCUGCAUGGCUUUUGAUAGAUAUGUAGCUAUUUGUCACCCUCUUCGCUACCCUUCAAUUGUCACCAAUGCUUUAAUCUUAAAAGCUACCCUGUUCAUGGUUCUUAGAAAUGGAUUGUGUAUCAUUCCAGUGCCAGUGCUUGCAGCUCAGCGUAAUUAUUGCUCCAGGAAUGAGAUUGAGCAUUGUCUGUGCUCAAACCUUGGAGUCACAAGCCUAGCCUGUGAUGACAGGAGGCCAAACAGCAUUUGCCAAUUAAUUCUGGCAUGGCUUGGAAUGGGGAGUGACCUAAGUCUCAUAAUACUGUCAUAUACUUUGAUUUUGCACUCUGUACUUAAACUGAAGUCAGCUAAAGCUGCAUCCAAGGCUCUGAGCACUUGUACCUCUCAUCUAAUUCUUAUCCUCUUCUUCUAUACGGUUGUUGUAGUGAUCUCUGUAACUCACCUGGCAGAGACUAAGGAUACCUUAAUUCCAGUUCUUCUCAAUGCACUGCACAACAUCAUCCCCCCUUUUCUCAACCCUAUGGUUUAUGCACUUAGGACUAAAGAACUUAGAGCAGGCUGCCAAAAGGUGUUUCAUUUGAGCUUAGAAAAAAGGCCACUGGAGACCUUCUCUGUAAUAUACGUGUACUUCAACUUCUUCUAA